GCACCUAACAUGCGUGUGUAUACACAUAGGUAUACAUACAGGCGCGUGCACAUGAUCGUUGUCAAACGCUCUACGAUCGAAAGUGAACGGUUUCCUUCGCGAUAAUCAGUCCGGUUAAUCAUUGCGUCCACGUUACGAUGUCCGGGAGCGACGUAAAGCAAGCUCUCCGAAAGUUGGACUUCCCUUACUGCGCCAGGGAAGCUCUAUGUAGAAUCGAGGUACUUUGCUGCAGACCUGGCAAGCAAGUAGACCUGCAAAUGGAUUUAAUAUCAGAGUUUGUAUUCGGUGAGAUAGAGAAGCGAAAGAAACGCAACACGACACAGGCAAUACAGGAGUUGCAGCUGAUAGAGAUCAUGAGCGAUUUUUUUCAGAGUCCAGGUGGCAGUCCUGCGGUACGCAAUGCUCUCUUCUUGUCGCUCUUUCCAGCAGACAGUCCCAGAUACAAGAUUCUAGGUAACCUGGUAUCUUUGGCAAUCGCUACACAAAACAAGGCAGUUCUAAAUGCAGCUGGCAUUUGGAUGCAGCAGUUGGGCUCUACCUCGUCACAGAGCGUAGGACUGGCGAGGCACGUGCUCAAUGAUUAUUUCGUGCUUACUCCAAGAUCCAUCGACAAGCUCAAGCAGCUGCCAGUGCUCACUCCACAUUUCACUGCCAACCUGCUGACGGCGAUAGGUGAAGUUUACGAGGAUAAAGAUCCACCUACCGAGUUGCUCAGAUUGGUAGGCGAAUGGAUUGACGAAAACCCGAGUUUAUUGUUGACGCCUCUGAUGGAUAAUCCGGCAUUGCCUACUGGUGGAAUACCGAUGACCCCAAUAACACCUAUAGCGGGCCUUUUCAGAUGGUGUAUAUUGAGUCCUCUGCGUGAUCCUACGAACAACACAGAGGCUCAAGAGUCACGAAAAUUUUAUUCAAAAGUUCAACAGUUACUCAUGGACUCGGUGCUACGACUGAAUAACAGUGGUAGCAAUAAGCACGCAAUUUCGGCGCAACAUUUGGCCUCUACUACUCGUUUAUUGACAACGAAUCUGCAGAAUCGGCCGAAUGUCGAUACAGUCUUGCGUGACCUAUCUAUGGAACGACUCGCGCAAGCAGUCAGCGCGGCAAUGUCUGCGAACUGCAUUUAUGGAAACAAACAGGAAUUAUUAGCCCUUCUACAACCAUUAUCGUAUCAGCAUUUUUUGAUAGAAUGGACAUUACAAACUUACGCUACUAAAGCAGCUUGAAAUGAAAAUAACUAUUAGG